AGAAUCCUAAACAAAUUCACACACUUUUAUCAUCCUCGUUUUUACGUUUACUCAGCUCCAGCCAGCGUUGACAACUCUGAUUUUCCUUUAAAUACACACAAAAAAAGAUCAACAGAUCUGCAGAAUUAUCAUUUUUCUUCUCUAUUGAACUAAUCUUCCAAAAGGGUAGUCGCUGAAAGCUUGGAGGUCCAAUGGCGAUUGGUAUGAAACAAAUGUCUAUGAUAAUAGCCACCCUUGGUGUUUUAUCCUUUAUAUUUGGAGUUAUCGCUGAAAACAAGAAGCCUGCAGCUGGGACUGCAAUAUCAGGAAAAGGUGUUGUUAUUUGUAAAUACAAGUCUGAUCCUACUGUUGCCUUGGGCUAUUUGUCUUUUGUUUUUCUUGCUGCAUCUUCUGUGGCCGGUUUCCUAUCUUUGUUUUAUCCGUAUCAAGGGAAGUCAGUUCCACAAGCUGCUUUGCUGAGAAACACUAGUUUCGUCGUGUUCCUUAAUAUUGCAUUGGGCACAACUGGUUUAGCAGCAACAUUGUUGUUGUGGCCUACAAUCACCGAGCAACUUCAUAUCACACGCAACAUUCAUCACAACUUGCAGACCGAUUGCCCAACUGCCAAGACCGGUCUUCUAGGUGGAGGUGCCUUCUUGUCUCUUGAUUCCGCGCUCUUCUGGUUGGUGGCUUUGAUGUUAGCUGAUAACGCUCGUGAGGAUUAUUUCCAAGAAACGGAUGUCAAGGGCGAGCCGAAAGCAAGUUAUGCAGAUGAUGAAAUUAUCAAGAGCAGUGCUUAAAGUUAAAUACAACACUACUAUUAUUCUACUCUCUCUCUGUUAUUUCUGUUGUUGCAAAAUGAACUUUCAGCACAAAACUGUAAAAAAAAAACAUGAUUUCCUGCCUUUCUAAGUAUAAUAAAAUAUCAUUGUAGAUUCUUCAUUA